AUCGACGUCGCGUCACGCUGGAGUUUCAGUUUUCACUGUGUCAGUCAGUGAGCUGAGCUGCUAUAAGGGCUUAGCAAGCCUUGUUUCAGUCGCGCUGUGUCUUAGUUGUAAAAAUGACAACUUUACCUCCUAAGAGAAAAAUAUGCUACUACUAUGAUGGGGACAUUGGAAACUAUUACUAUGGACAGGGCCAUCCCAUGAAGCCUCAUCGCAUCAGGAUGACUCAUAAUCUCAUCUUGAACUAUGGCCUGUAUCGCAAGAUGGAGAUCUAUCGCCCACAUAAAGCAACUGCGGAAGAAAUGACCAAGUUUCACAGCGAUGAUUACAUAAAAUUCUUGCGCAGCAUCAGGCCUGACAAUAUGGCAGAGUACAACAAACAGAUGCAGAGGUUUAAUGUUGGUGAAGACUGUCCUGUCUUUGAUGGGAUGUAUGAAUUUUGCCAGCUAAGCACUGGAGGCUCUGUUGCUGGAGCAGUAAAGCUGAACAAGCAAGCUGCUGAUAUAGCAAUCAACUGGGCUGGAGGACUCCAUCACGCAAAAAAAUCUGAGGCAUCUGGCUUCUGCUAUGUCAAUGAUAUUGUUCUCGGAAUCCUGGAGCUACUGAAGUACCAUCAAAGGGUGCUCUAUGUAGACAUUGACAUUCAUCAUGGUGAUGGUGUGGAGGAAGCUUUCUACACUACUGAUAGAGUCAUGACAGUGUCUUUCCACAAGUAUGGAGAAUACUUUCCUGGUACAGGCGACCUCAGAGAUAUUGGAGCUGGAAAAGGGAAAUAUUAUGCUGUCAACUUUCCUCUCCGUGAUGGAAUUGAUGAUGAGUCGUAUGAAAGUAUUUUCAAGCCGGUCAUUACAAGAGUGAUGGAGAUGUACCAGCCAAGUGCCAUUGUGUUGCAGUGUGGUGCUGAUUCCCUUUCAGGAGAUAGGCUCGGUUGUUUUAACCUUACUCUGAAAGGCCAUGGGAAGUGUGUUGAAUUCAUCAAGAAAUGGAACCUUCCGGUGCUGCUGUUGGGUGGAGGUGGCUAUACUAUUCGCAAUGUUGCUCGCUGUUGGACCUACGAGACUUCCAUAGCUCUGAAUUGUGAUGUUGCAAAUGAACUGCCAUACAAUGAUUAUUUUGAAUAUUAUGGACCAGACUUCAAGCUUCACAUAAGCCCGUCAAAUAUGGCGAACCAGAACACUCCAGAAUACAUGGACAAAAUCAAAACCCGCCUGUUUGAUAAUUUGCGAAUGCUUCCGCAUGCUCCUGGCGUUCAAAUGCAAGCCAUCCCUGAAGAUGCAUUGCAUGAUGAAAGUGAUGAGGACGACAAGGUCAACCCUGAUCAAAGAAUUUCGAUUCGACAGAGUGAUAAGAGAAUUGCAUGUGAAGAAGAGUUCUCUGACAGUGAAGACGAAGAUGGGGGUGGCCGAAAAGACAAGAGGGACCACAAGAAAAAGCGACAGAAAACAGAGGCAGAUGACAAAAAAGAUGGGGAGAAAGAUAAGAAAGAAGAAAAAGAAGUAAAGAAAGAGGCACCCGAAGUAAAGGAGGAAGCCAAGACAUCCCAAGAGAAGGAUGACAAAGCAGCAGCACCCACAGAAAAGAAAGAGAACUCCCCGUCAGCCCCCAAGUCUGAGAGUGCUGCUGCCCCUGUCACAGACAAUUCCUCCAAAGAUAAAGAGCCUGAAGUGGCUGCUGGAACCACUGCGUCUUCUGAACCAGAGAAAAUGGAACACUGAUUAAAUGGCUUUCUGCAUUGUCACCCAUCUCAUC